UGAAAACGAUACGUAAAACUAGAAACUGAAAACCCUAUAUAGUGGAGUAUUCGCUCUCACAACGAAGACUUCAAACAACAUAUCCAAAAUCCCCUCCCUCUCUGCAAGACACAGAAUUUCAACUCUCUCUCUCUCUCUCUUUCUGGAAAUAGGAUUUCCUCAGUUCGAUUUCUCUCUACCCAUUCGCUUGCUGCUGCUACAGCCAUGGCGGCGGAGAGCUCCAGAUCCAGUUCAUCGGCCGAUUCGUACAUCGGGAGCUUGAUUAGCUUGACAUCCAAGAGUGAGAUGAGAUACGAAGGCGUUUUGAACAUCAUCAACACAGAUGAGUCCAGUAUCGGAUUGCGAAACGUGAGAUCGUUUGGCACGGAAGGACGGAAAAAAGAUGGUCCACAAGUUCCUCCUAGUGAUAAAGUAUACGAGUACAUUCUGUUUCGUGGAAGUGAUAUUAAGGACUUGCAGGUUAAGUCUUCUCCCCCUGUUCAGACUUCACCACCCUUAAAUAGUGAUCCUGCUAUUAUUCAGUCUCACUAUCCUGUUCCCGCUUUGACAUCUCAAAGCUUGCCUUCUGCUGUUAGCGGGUCUUUGGGAGAUAUCAGUUCCCAUACAGCACAGGUGGGCCAUCCAGGGGCAAGUUUCCAAGGUGGCUUGCCUUUGUAUCAACCAGGAGGAAAUAUAGGGUCUUGGGGUCCUUCCCCCCCUCCUCUGACUGCUAAUGGCGGUGGAUUAGCUAUGCCAAUGUAUUGGCAAGGAUUUUAUGGGCCCCCCAGUGGGCUACCUCAGCUGCACCAGCAAUCUUUGCUUCGGGGACCACCCGGGCUGUCAAUGCCUCCUUCCAUGCAACAGCCAAUGCAGUAUCCUGGGUUCAAUGCCUCUUUGCCGACUGGGGCUUCUAGCUUACCAGUUUCAAACUUGCCAGACUAUCCUUUUCCUCUGGUUCCUGGUACCACUAGUUCCCUUGAUCCAGCAUCCAUGGGUUUUCCGGCUUCAACUUUACCAUCAAUGCUGCCUCCAGCGCCAUCCGGUGGACUAACUUCUGAAACAACACUACCUAGUUUUAUCCCAAACAAGGCUUUUAAUCCCACCCUGCCCGCUGCAACAUUAAGUGCUACUUUGCCCGUGCCUUCUCCUUUGAUUACGUCAAGUCCAGCUACAAGUGCUGUUGUACCAUCAGUCUCUAACAAGACUAGUGUAUUAUCUGGUCCAUCUUUGCCAUAUCCAACCGUGUCUCAAACCACAUCCUCUGUUGUUGGGACAUCGAGUUGUAGUCAGACAGAAACACCGCUACCUUUACUUGUAACCCCUGGUCAGUUGUUGCAGCCCGGACCAGCAGCAGUCUCUUCAUCUCAGCCUUCACAGACAGUUCAUAAGGAUGUGGAGGUCGUUCAAGUAUCUUCAUCAGGGGCAGAACCUCCAGCGGCAGUAGUGGCCAAAGCUCAACCACCAAUAUUGCCCCUGCCACAACCUUCACAUUCUGGCCAGAAGCUGAAUGGAGCUUCUUUUCAAAGUCGUAACAGCUACAACGGCUACCGAGGGCGUGAAAGGGGAAGAGGAACUGGGAGUUCACGUCCAGUGGCGAAAUUUACUGAGGAUUUUGAUUUUAUGGCGAUGAACGAGAAAUUCAACAAGGAUGAAGUAUGGGGCCACCUUGGGAAAAGUAACAAUACUAAGGAAAAAGAAGGCGAUGGGGAAGGCACUGAUGAAGAUGAUUAUGAAGAUGAAGACGAUACUGAAUUAGCUAAGAUUGAUACUAAACCCAUUUACAACAAGGACGACUUCUUUGAUUCCCUCUCUUCCAAUGCGUUGGAUAAUGAAUCAAACAGAGGAAGGACUAGGUUCUCUGAGCAAAUGAAGAUAGACACAGAGACAUUUGGUGAUUUCCCGAGGUAUCGUGGCGGCCGUGGUGGCCGUGGGCCCUUCCGUGGUGGUGGCCGUUUUCGAGGAGGCGGUUAUUACGGUAGGGGAUACGGCCAUUAUGGUGGGAGGGGUCGUGGCCGCGGCAUGUCAAGUUAUGCUUCCUAGAUACCCUGUAGAAACUUUGAAUGUUUGUGUUGGUUUUGUGACUCUGCUUUGUAACGUUUGUGCUGCCUAUUACUGUUCAUUGGCCAAAAAUAAAAA